CCAAUUAGAGACGGGUGUUACUUGCAAUUGGUUGAACGGACCGACCCGGAAGGGUGGAUGCUCUCGGCUGGAAAGAAAGGAAAGCCUGGUGGCGGGAAGUUUUCAUUGGACAGCGGCUGAAAGAGAGAGAAAUUUGGAUCUCCAAUUCAAUUUUAGAAUGGCAUCCGUUUCAGCUCUAACUGAGGAAUUGGAUUCCGUAACCAAUGAGCUACAUGCAGUAGACAUUCAACUUGAAGAACUUCUGGAAAGGCAACGAGAGCUUAUUCAGAAAAAAAACAUCCUAACAAACAGAAUAAAGCAGAGUUUAGAGAAUUCUGAUGCUGGGCCAAGCAACGAAUGUGAUUCUUCACCUGCUGCUUGGAAUAGAGAAGGUUUUCCAUGGUCUGGUAAAGUUAAAGAUGUUCUGCAAAAUGUUUUUAAACUGCGGACAUUCAGGCCGCUCCAGCUUGAAACUAUUAAUGUCACAAUGUCUAGAAAGGAAAUAUUUCUUGUUAUGCCUACAGGAGGUGGAAAGAGCUUGUGCUACCAGUUACCAGCGUUAUGUUCAGAUGGUUUUACCCUCGUGAUUUGCCCAUUGAUCUCUCUUAUGGAAGACCAACUAAUGGUUUUAGAACGAUUAGGAAUUUCAGCUACCAUGUUAAAUGCUUCUAGUUCUAAGGAGCAUGUGAAAUGGGUUCAUGCUGAAAUGGUAAAUAAAAACUCCGAGCUAAAGCUAAUUUAUGUGACUCCAGAGAAGAUUUCAAAAAGCAAAAUGUUUAUGUCAAGACUAGAGAAAGCCUAUGAAGCAGGGAGAUUUACCCGAAUUGCUGUGGAUGAAGUUCACUGCUGUAGUCACUGGGGACAUGAUUUCAGACCUGAUUAUAAGGCCCUUGGUAUCUUAAAGCGGCAGUUCCCUAACACAUCACUCAUUGGGCUGACUGCAACUGCUACAAGUCAUGUUUUGAAGGAUGCUCAGAAAAUACUGUGUGUUGAAAACUGUCUUACUUUUACAGCUUCUUUUAAUCGGCCAAAUCUUUAUUAUGAGGUUCGGCAGAAGCCCUCAAACACUGAAGAUUUUAUUGAGGAUGUCGUAAAGCUCAUUAAUGGGAGAUACAAAGGACAAUCAGGAAUCAUAUAUUGCUUUUCUCAGAAAGACUCUGAGCAAGUUACAGUUAGUUUAAAGAAAUUCGGAAUUCACGCAGACACAUACCAUGCCAAUAUGGAACCAGACUAUAAGACCCAGGUUCACAGAGGAUGGUCGGCCAAUGAAAUUCAGGUAGUAGUGGCAACGGUUGCAUUCGGUAUGGGAAUUGAUAAGCCAGAUGUGAGGUUUGUUAUUCAUCAUUCAAUGAGUAAAUCUAUGGAAAAUUAUUAUCAAGAGAGUGGACGUGCAGGUCGAGACGACGUGAAAGCAGACUGUAUUCUGUAUUACGGCUUUGGAGAUGUAUUCAGAAUAAGUUCAAUGGUGGUGAUGGAAAAUGUGGGACAACAGAAGCUUUACGAGAUGGUGUCGUACUGUCAAAACAUAAGGAAAUGUCGCCGUGUAUUGAUAGCUCAACAUUUUGAUGAAGUAUGGAAUUCAGAAGCAUGUAACAAAAUGUGUGAUAAUUGCUGUAAAGAAAUUUCAUUUGAAAGAAAGGAUAUAACAGCGUAUUGCAGAGAUCUAAUCAAGAUCCUGAAGCAGGCAGAGAAACUUAAUGAAAGGCUCACUCCACUGAAACUGAUUGAUUCUUGGACGGGAAAGGGGGCAGCAAAAUUCCGAGUAGCAGGUGUUGUUCCUCCCACACUUCCUCGUGAAGACCUGGAGCAAAUGAUUGUGCACUUUCUUCUACACCAGUAUCUUAAAGAAGACUACAGUUUCACAGCUUUCGCUACUAUUGUAUAUUUGAAAGUAGGCCCUAAAGCUGAUCUUCUGAACAAUGAGGCACAUAUUAUCAGCAUGCAAGUAAAGAAGCCCACGGAGAGCUGUUUCAGGACUGAACCAUCACAAACUUGUCAUCCCGAAGGAGCUAAUGAAGAGAGGGAAGAAAAAAAUUCAAGUAACUUCCAGAAGAAGUCUGCAAACAUGCUUCAACAAUCUAAGUCUAAGAAGACAGGGGCUAAGAAAAGAAAAAUUGAUGAUGCAAGAGAUGAGUGUUUCUGAAUUUUCCAAGAAUAGAAUAGUUUAUGCAUGUUUACACCAUUUUUUUUUAAAUCAAAUGGUUAAUUUUUAAGACAAUUUCAUUAAUAUUUUGUACAAAUGGAGCUAUAUUUUAAGAACUUAUCUCUAAAGUGUUGAAGACUUGUGAAUUUGAGACCUUUUAAAAAUUUGAGGGCAUGAAUUGUAUAAAUUUACAGUAUGAAACAAGGGAAAACAAAUUUUUAUGUAAAAUCCUU